CUUAGGCAAGGCUGCAAACCUCUUUCAGCCUUGUGAACUUGAUUCCGUCACCAUCAUCAACAUUUUCUUUGUUCUCCUUCUCAACCGACACCGCUCCCAAAGCAAGCCAUCGGCUUGCUUCCGACUCUACAACUCUGUCCUAUAAAAAAAACCGCUCUCGGCCUCUUCGUCUCCUGAUCAAAGCACGGUCUAAACAACCACGACCAUGGCGGACUCUGACGGCGAGUAUGUCGCCGACAUGUCGGAUGAUGAUCUCAUGGAUCACCGCGUCACAGAUGACGAUCCUCAAGCGGCGAAAGGAAAAACUGCCAAAUCGAGAAAAGGCGACUCAGCUAGAGCAUGGGAAGUCUCGAAACGAACUUGGGAGACGAAUCUACCAGAGGAAGAAGACGGAAUACUGAGUCUCACAGCGCUUGAGGCUGAGAAGCGGAAGCGAUUAUUACGCGAUACGACGCCCCUACAAAGAGGAAUUAUUCGGCAUAUGGUGCUUGUGCUGGAUAUGUCCUUCGCUAUGACCGAGAAGGAUCUGCUACCUACAAGGUAUCGCCUCAUGCUGAGCUACGCGGCUGCCUUUGUGCGAGAGUUCUUUGAACAAAAUCCUAUUUCGCAACUAGGAAUCAUUGGUAUGCGAGAUGGUGUUGCUGUGAGGAUUAGCGAUGUUGGAGGAAACCCGACAGAACACUUGGAAAAGCUGAAAGGGCUGGAGAACGAAGAUCCUCAAGGCAACCCAAGCUUGCAGAACGCUCUGGAGAUGUGUCGAGGAGCUCUGUUCCAUGCGCCUUCUCACGGCACACGAGAAGUACUCAUUAUCUAUGGCGCAUUACUAUCGAGCGACCCCGGCGAUAUCCAUGAAACCAUUGGCAACCUGAUCACGGAUCGAAUACGUGUCUCGAUUGUCGGUCUUUCCGCCCAGGUCGCUAUUUGCGCUGAUCUGUGUUCACGAACGAAUGCCGGUGAUGAGUCACAAUACAAUAUCGCGAUGGACGAGGUCCAUUUCCGCGAACUUUUCCUCGCAGCCACGACACCCCCUGUGACACGCACGGCUGAACAGAGCACAGCCAGUCUUCUCAUGAUGGGCUUCCCGUCCCGGACACUUGUUCCUAACGGGACUACAAGUUACUGCGCGUGCCAUAAUCGGCCGUUCCGAGAGGGAUAUCUCUGCACCCGUUGCGGCGCUCGUGUGUGCCGCAUCCCAGCUGAGUGUCCAGCUUGUGACCUCACCCUUAUUCUAUCGACUCAUCUUGCCCGCUCAUAUCAUCAUCUCUUCCCGUUACGGAACUGGGUUGAAGUGCCCUGGACUAAAGCCAGCCGCUCUGCAGCCUGCUUUUCAUGCUUAGCGCCAUUUCCUGAGCCACCAAAGGGCAAAGCACCCGAUAAGUCUAGAGAAGACAGUGGCGCACCAAAGACAGCCAAGGGCGUCAGUGAAAGCGGGCGAUAUGCAUGUGAAGUGUGUGGACAACACUUUUGCAUCGACUGUGACGUCUUUGCCCAUGAGGUUGUCCACAACUGCCCGGGCUGCCAGAGCUUAUUAUCUAAGACAGAUGCCGCUGCCUCAUCGGGUGAGCCGAACGGCACAGCUGCAUAUACCAACGGUGAUGUUGUAAUGACAUAGAGGUUGAGACUGUAUGUGUGUAAAACUACGUGUCAUUAUGUCUAGCUUAAGAGAAAAGGGAGGUUGAAAUCCCAGGAGCGAACAAAAGACGAGGCAACAUUCAUCCAUGUCAUAAAUACUUACUGUGAGUAAGCAUCGCAAAUAACGACCUCGAAGUGGCGCAUUAGGAACUAAAGUUUCUGUCAAGUUUUAUUUCAUUUCAGUCUAAGUAUCCUAUGGGCAAAUGGCUCGUAGGCACUGGUGUGGUGUAUCCCUGUCCAGUAUUGCAAUUAUGACAUGCUAUCGCAAACUCGUCUCAUGCUUCCACGAAAUUUUGGUUCUCCUUGAAUCCUCCCUAUGCAAUAUGGU